AUGGCCUCGAUCGACAGGCUGAGCGACUUGCCGGACGAAAUCCUCUCUCACAUCCUCUCUUUUCUCCCCAUCAAAACCUCCGUCUCCACCAGCACCCUCGCCGCAAGAUGGAGGUUUGUAUGGGCUUAUUCCCCUAACAUACAAAUCGUCGAUGGCUCAUUGAGUUUGCAUUCAAUUUACGAUCAUAGCGACAUCCUGAGAAUUAUUCUGCCACAAUGUGAAGCGCACGGCCUGAACACACUUCGCAUCCUUGGGGAUAUCUUCUUUGAUUGUGAACUUGAGAGGUUUCUCGAGAGCGCCGUUGCGUGCAAGAUGAAAACUCUGGAAAUUACUCAAACGUAUGACUAUUGUGAUUUGCCCCAUUGUGUGCUCACCUCCCAAACCUUAGUUGAUUUGAAGCUCAGUCGUUUCUUUAUUAAGAUGAAGAAUGUCACCGUGUGUUUACCAGCCCUCAAGAGGCUUCAUUUCACGACUGUUGGGCUUCAAGAUGGCUCCCUCGAAAACCUGAUUUUCGGUUGUCCGGUGCUUGAAGAGUUCACCGGUUUCAAUUGUGCAGAAGAUGUGGUAUCUCAUUCCUUAUCUUCGUCCACUAUGAAGCGGUUGGUCCUCAAGUCUGGUACCUUCUAUAACAAGUUGAAGAUAGAUAUUCCCGCGCUUGAUUAUCUAUUAAUGCCUUAUGAUUUCCCCCAAAUUUUUUCUGUUGGGCCGAUGGACUCCUUGAUUGGAGCACACAUUUUUGUUCGUGAUGACACGCUAAAUGUGAACGGCAAUCUUUAUUCCCUUGUAGAAUUUUUGGGUAGGUUCUCUAAUGUAAAAGAAUUGAGUUUAUGUUCUUGGCCUAGGGGUAGGAGGAAGGUUCGUGACUUGACCCCUGUCGAUUUGAACAUAGAGUUUCACAAUUUAGCCAAACUCACGGUGGAAGGUGAUUGGCGUAUCAUCUCAUAUUUCGUGGAGAAGGCUAACAAGCUUGAAGUCCUUAAUGUCAGACAAUAUUCAGAAAGGGAGAUGGAAGAAACCCUCCAGUCGCCUAUGGUUAAUUCAAUCAUGAAGCUUCACAAUUUAAUAAAACUCGAACUGCGAGUCGAUUGGUGGUUCCUCACAUAUUUCCUAGAGAAGGCUGAUAAACUUAAAGUCCUUAUUAUCCGCAACAAUGUUUAUCGUAAGCAGAAGCGAAAACGCUGGUUGGCGGCGCCCCUCCAAGUGCCUAAUUGCCUGUCGUCACAUCUUAAAAUAGUAGAAAUUCAUGAAUUGAAUGGUACAGAGCAUGAACUUGACAUGGUUAGAUAUCUAUUGAAGAAUGCUAAAGUCCUGGAGAGGAUGGAACUGCACUGCUUAGCAGAAUCGAUCGGGAGAAUUUCAUCAUUUGAUCGAGGAUCUGAGAAGUGUGAGAUUGUCUUCAACGAAUAUCUGGAAUCGGACUCGGACGAUGACUGA